GUUUUAAAUUGCAAAUGGGCUUAGUCGGAUCUGAGUUGUAAAGAGAAGACAAGGUUACCAAUAAGUGGAACGCAAUUCAAUAGUCAAAACAUUCAACUCAUCUUCCUCUUGGCAAAGCCGCCAUAGAUAUGAAUCUUCUUCUAACAACCUUCAUGUUACUCUUUUUCUCCAACUCAUCGCUUUCCAUCGAUCCAUGUGAUCCAAUGGUCCAAAAAGGCCCGCGAACUCUUCGAUCAGACAAAAUCACAAUCCUCAUCAAUGGCUACUCUGAAUCUCGGAUCUCUCUCCUCCAAUCAAUUGCCACUAAGUACUCGUCUACCCCGUUUGUCUUUGCGGUUCUCGUCCUCUGGGGAAACCCAUCAACCCCAACCCAAACCCUAGCCCAAUUCUCCCAGAAUCUCACACACUCCUCUUCAUUCGGCAGUGCCACCAUUUCCCUCAUCCGACAGAAAUCGAGCAGCCUCAACAACCGAUUCCUCCCACGAACCGCAAUUCAGACCGUUGCUGUCUUGAUUUGCGACGACGAUGUAGAGAUCGACGUAAACUCAUUCUCAUUUGCCUUUAGAGUGUGGGAAUCGAACCCUAGCCGUCUGAUCGGGUUCUUCGCCCGAUCGCACAGCUUGGAUUUGUCGAGGAAGGGGUGGAUCUACACUGUUCAUCCAGACAGGUACUCGAUUGUGCUAACUAAAUUCAUGAUCAUGAGAAAAGAUUACUUGUUUUCGUACAGUUGCGGUGGUGGGCCGUUAAUGGACCAAAUGAGAAGUAUAGUGGACCGAGCCCGGAAUUGUGAGGACAUAUUGAUGAACUUUGUGGUGGCUGAUGAGUCUAGGGCCGGGCCCAUUUUGGUGGGGGCAAAGUGGGCUCGGGAUUGGGGUGACAAAAGAAAUGAGGUGGACGAAGGUGGUGAUAGGCAAAGGAGAUUGAAGGGUGUGGUGGCAGAGGUUGGGUUGAGUAGUCGGAGAAGAGAGCAUAGGAAGAGGAGAGGGGAGUGUAUAAAUGAGUUUCAUAGAGUGCUCGGGAGAAUGCCAUUGAGAUAUAGCUAUGGUAAAGUUGUGAAUUCUGUGGGUGAACAAGGGUUGUGUCGGAAAGGAGGGAAACUAGUGUUUUGCGAUCACUAAUAAUUAACAUUAUUUUUCAAGGAGCAUUGCUGCUCUCCCUCCAUGUGUUUGUUCUUGAUUGUAUAUUGCUGUUGCGGAUUAAUUGCUAGAGCAAUAUGCAAAAGCCUCAGCUCAGGAUGGAAAUUCUACUUAGUUGAGGAGCAUUACAUAAAAAGAAGAUGAGUCUUUGUAGACCUUACCCAUUAAAGCUUUAGGUAGCUCAAAACUCUUAUGUUUGCUAUAAACAUGUUACAUUUUGGAUUAGAUUUGUAUUUACUUUGUCUUAUUUAUAAUGUAGGAAAACAGUUAGUUUUAUGAUGUUUAGAGACUCUUUGUUUAUUUUCAGAUUUUGAACUAAAUUUGCACUUGAACUGUUGUCGUAUUAAUAUAUGAAUCCGUGCAAGGGUGAAGCUA